AUGUUGGAACAAUUGUUCAUAUUUACCAGGGGAGGACUAAUCCUGUGGACAUAUAAAGAGCUUCAAAGUGCUCUUAACGGCCAUGGAUCAGAAGUACUUGGAAACUUCAUCGAAUCCUGUCUUAUGGAGGAACUGUCUGGCGCAGCAGCAGCGACAUCAUCUUUGGAUUAUAAUCGCCCAGGGGCUGCUUACACACUCAAAUGGACCUUCCAUGACGAGCUUCGCCUCGUGUUUCUCUCUGUUUAUGAUCAGAAAACCUUCCAUGACGUCUGGUAUGUGGAUGAACUGCUUUCGAUGGCAAAGCAUAAGUUCUUGGAGAUUUAUGAUCCGACGAGGAGGGACGUCUACAAUGAUUUUGAUGAACCUUUUAAACAACUUAUGAACUACGUUAAAAUACCAAUUCAGUACCCUUCCCUUGACGAGGAGUUUGAGUCCGUCAAAUAUCCUAUUGAAUACCCUCGCCUUAAUAAGGAGUAUGAUCAGUCCGUUAAAAUUCCAAUUGAAUACACGUCCCCUAAAGAGGACUACUUUGAGUCAAAACCCGUGCAAAAGGCUGGACAUGAAGGAUACAAAAAUAACGGGUGGUUUUCGUGUAUGUUCCGGAGAAUGCCAUUGGAGAAGUCGGACCUCGAACCAGCUUUGAAAGCUCUCAAAGAGAAGCUGAUCAUGGCCAAGAAUGUGGCCGAGGCCGUAGCUGAGGAGCUUUGUGAAUCAGUGGCUGCUAGUCUUGAGGGUAAAAAGUUGCCGUGGUUCACAACAAUAUCUUCUGCUGUGCAGGCAGCAAUGGAAGAAGAAUUUGUUCGUAUUUUAACUCCUACCGCGGACUCUUCUCCUAUACUGAAUCUGCAGAAGAAUGUGCCAAGGAAACCCUGUGUUUUCGCUUACAUUGACACCACGGGAGAUUGGAAAGCAAUCAGUUCAGUUAAGGCUGCUUGUCGGCUUCAGAAGGAACGGAAGAACAGCGUUAUUAUGGUGGCUGACCGUAAUACAUUCCGGUCAGAGACUGUUAAGCAGCUGCGUAGAGAUGCCUGGAAACUCCAGCGGAUUCCUAUUUUUGAGAAGCGGUACGAGAAAGAUCCUGCAAUUUCCAUAAAGGAAGCAGUCCAGGAGGCCAGAGACGACGGUUCAGAUGUGGUUGUUCAUGCAGCCAGUCCAAAGCAGGCUGCAACUGUGCUGGCGACGGCAUACUUAUCUGGAGCUAAGGUUAUUUUCCGUGGAGUUGGGAAGCCGUACACAGGAGAGAAGCACACAACCAGAAAAAUUGUCAAGAAACUCUUCAAAUGA